AAGCCUUCGUUGUCAUCGUCCUCAAGAUCCCACGCGGCGAUGACGCCGACCACCGCGAGCGCCGCCACGGCGGUGGCGGCGGACACUGCGAUGGAAACCCUAGCGCUCAAGCUCGCAGAGAUCUGCAGUCAUGCCGCCGAAGACUACCCUUGGGAUCCUCCCCGCCGAUUCACGGUGCUCGCGCAACGCCUCCAGCUGCUCGUCGCCCAGCUCUCUCACCCCGGCGUCCUCCCCUCUUCCCCUGCUGUUUCCACUGCUCUGCGUGGGAUCGCUGGUGAUGUCUCCGCUGCGGUCUCUACCCUCUCUUCUUACUGCUCCCGCAGCCGCAUCUACGUCCUCAUCCACUGCCUCCCGCUCUGCUCCUCCCUCCGCUCCCUCUGCUCUUCUCUGACGUCCUCGCUUGCUCUCCUUGAUGCCCCUCUUUCAUGCCAGCCCGACCUCCAGAAACGCGCUUCUGAUCUCGCCCGUGAUUUCAUCCUUUCUGAUCUCCGGGUGACGGAGACUGAGGAGAGAGUUUACAGCGCGCUGCAGCGCGAGGGGGAAGCACGGGAGAGCGGGCAAAAAGCAGUCCAGAGUGGCAUCAUAAUGGACCUCGCUCGAGCACUCGGUGCCGGCCCUGAAGCCCUUGCCGAUCAAAUCAAGUUGCUCCGCUCUGACCUUACGGGCCCUUCCAUCUCUCCGGCGGAGCGCCGCAUUCUGGUGUCUCUUGAGAAGAUUUUUGGUAGUUGGUCGGCGACGGAGCCCUGCGUUGCUGACCGCUCCAUUGAUGUUGACUUUGAUGAGAACGCGACCAUUCCACCAUUCAAGAAUUUUCUAUGCCCGCUCGCCAAAGUAGUGAUGAAGGAUCCCGUGGUGUUGGAGUCGCUCCAGACGUACGAGCGAACAGAGAUCAAACACUGGUUCGACUGGUGCCUGGAAGAUGGCCGGGAUCCCACUUGUCCUGUCACUGGGCAAGUGCUCCAGAGUCUGGAGCUUAAACCGAACAUUGGGCUUGCUGGUGCCAUAGAGGAGUGGGUUAAUAGGAAUAUAGAGGUCCAGAUCAAAUCAGCAGUUCAGUGUCUUGGUCAAGAGACUUCUUCCUCAUUAGAGUCUGUGGAGAGAGCGCUGGACAAUGUUUAUAGGAUCUCGGAGGAGCAUCCAACAAGUAGGUACAGAGUGAGAAAUGCGGGGAUCAUUGGUCUUGUUGUGAAGAUGCUGAAGGAGCAGUCAAAAAUGUUGGGUUCAGAGUUGCGUACCAAGGCACUAAUGGUCAUGGAUAGCAUGGCCAAGGAUCAUGAGAGCAAGCUAAUGAUGCUUGAAGAAGGUUUAUCUAGACUGGCUAUACGUAGUCUCAAUGGGAGUUCAGAGAAAGAAAGAGAAUAUGCUUUGAAUCUAUUACUUCAGUUCUCACACGACAGAGGGUAUUGCGCAAAACUGGCUUCAGAGAAAGGAGCUUUCGUUCUUCUUUCCAGUUUGGCUGAAAAUUUACAGUAUCCUAGAUUAUCUAAUAUGGCUGAAGAGGUCCUAAAAAACAUGGAAAAAGAAGAGGAUAAUGUUCAACAUUUAGCAGUAGUAGGGAGAUUUCAGCCACUUCUUAAUAGACUUUGUGAAGGUUCUGAAGAUGUCAGAAUAAACAUGGCAAAUAUUGUAGGAAAUAUGAAAUUAACCAACAGUGAUAAAGAACAUGUUGCCAGACAGGGAGGUAGAGCACUGAUUGCCAUGCUCUCCUCCAAGCCAGAGGGAAGAGCAUCUAGCCUCCAGGCGUUGUAUAAUUUGUCAACUCUAGAUGACAACUCCACUAUUCUUGUUGAUUUUGGUUUGCUUCCAGCGCUUAAUAACAUUCUCUUCAUGACAAGGCCAGAUGAUCAACCAGAUCUUAAGGAUUUGGCAGCAUCAACAAUAUCAAACAUUGUCUCAAAUACUGGUCACUGGGAAUUAUCCUUUGCUGAUGAUCAAGGCCAUCUAAUGCAGUCUGAAUCAGUUAUUCAUAGUCUCUUACAGCUUCUUACUAAUUCCUCCUCAAAGUGCCAAAUCGCAAUUCUUAAGAUUCUAUGUGGAAUUGCUUCUUCUCCCCAAGCAUUAGAACUGGCUGCUGCACACAUAGGAAGUGGCAACGGUAUUGCAAUCAUACUACCAUUUCUGGAGCAUCCUGAGUCUGAACAAAGAAUUAAUGCCUUUAAGCUUGCUAAUCUAUUGUCCAGAAACCUGGGUCUAGCUCUUGCUGAUGAGCUGAGAACUUCCAAUAAGCUUUUAUUACUGAAGGAAAAGCUGUUGGAUCCCCAAUGUUUGUCAGGUGAGAAAUCUGAAAUCACAUGUAUCCUUGCUAACCUCCCAAUCACGGAUGAUGAAGUCAAGACAAUUCUCGGUGCUGAAUUUUUAAGAUGGGCAGUCGAUACUCUGAAGCAGCAACUUUCCAGUUCAUUGAGCAACAAAUCUAAACGUGCAGGACAUAUGCUGGAAGGGCUCAUUGGUCUCCUAGUGCACUAUGCGAGGAGUUCUGACCAGUCAAUUCGGAGCCUAAUUCAAGAAAUGCCACUUUAUGAAAAUUUUCAUAGGCUUACUGAACAUCCAUUCACAAUGGAGAGCUAAGCAACGAGCCGCUCUUGGGUUGAAGUACUUGUCGCAGUCUGCACAUGCACAGGUUGCAACUGGAAACCUGGAACCUCAACCUCCCAGAGGAUUUUGUGCCCCCUUGGUUUUGAUCUGUGGGAAGGCAUCGAUGCCUUCUUUGUGUCCCAUUCACAAUGCUUCAUGUGAAGAGAAUAGUUCAUUUUGCCUGCUAAAAGGAAAUGCAAUCGGGCCACUUGUUGAACUCUUGAAUGACAAGAACACAGAUGUUCAAAUUGCAGCCGUGGAAGCACUUUUCACACUUGUCCUUGAUCCACAAAGCCUCACAAACUCCAGGGAAGUAUUGGAACAGCUUGGCCUUUUUGACACUGCUGUUACUCUGUUUAAAAAAUCAAGGCCAGGGGAGCUUCAGGAAAGAAUCAUAUCAGUGGUCGAUAGGUUUUUGCGAGUAGAGAGCCUCAUCCAAUCUUACUCUUUGGAUCAAGAUCUGGUUAGGGCAUUGGUGGAAGCAUUGAAACAUGGUACUACUAAUACCAAAAGGCAUGCUCAGGACAUCCUAACAAAUCUGAGAGAAUUAUCUGGUGUUGGAGGGAAGACUUCAAGUCAUAGUAGAGGUAGAAGAACCAAUAGAUGAUCCAAGUGACUAAGUUGAAUUUACUGCAUUAUGCUAUUAAAUUAGCAUAACUGUGAAUAGUAUCAGGGAAAAAGAGUAUUCACGUCCUGGAUCUCUUGAAAAUCUGAGAAUGAUUUUGUACAAUUUUGUUUAUCUGUGCAAGCAACUGCUUUGGUGAGAUUAUGGAAAUACCAACAAUGCUCAGAUGGAGCAGUGCAAAAUUUGCAUGAAGUAUCAACAAUGCUUUGGUUGGUUUGAAUGUGCAGAAAAGAAAUCUAUGGCACACGUAAUUUGUACAGUUAUAUUUAUUAACUGAGUUCCAUGGUGUGAGAGGAAUUAUUAACCGAGCUCCACAUGUAAUUGAGCUGAUUAUUGACUCCCAUAAGAAGAAAAGAGCAACAAGGCUCAGGGAUUCAGGUUCCAUGGAAAUGUUCAUUGUAGCUACAUUGACGACCUUGUUUAUUAUCUCUGGAGGUUGCAGCGUUGAGUUACAUUAACCUGAUUGGUGAGUAAUUAACUCCCCCCUUCUUUUUCUUUCUGUAUUUCUUUACAAAUAUUAUUUGAACAACUGAUAACUCUUUUGCCCAAAGAUGGUCACUGAUAUUUGUUGGUUUCUUUUUAGCUUUUGUAGCAUUGUUCUUCUCCUUUCUGAGUAUCAGUUGUCCAUGUUAAUCAUCGUUUAGCAAUGCCGAAGGGUGUCAAAUAAUUUGGGUUAUUUCUUUUAUGACUUUGUGAUAAUUUAUCCAGUACAUGCUCUGAAGUUCAUGGUUUUGCCAUUCUA